GACAAACACCUCAUUCUCCUUCCAUCACAACUUCGCUCGACAUCCAUCAGACAAUCAAUCCAGCUCUAUUCAUAACCCUUGGACGGAAUUCUGUCAACAUGCAAAAACUUACCGUCUUUCUUGCUUACGCCGCCCUUACUUCUGGCUCAACUCUGCCGCAGCCAUUCGAUAAGAGGGGGUAUACCAAUUACACAGACGAUUUCGAUGAUCUUGCUACAAACGUUAUUGCAUCCGAGUUCGAUGCUGUUGGCUUAUACCAUCAGCUCGCCUACAAAGGUGCCAAUGUUCUCCGCGUCCUUGGUGAAUCAGCGUUGAAACCCCACUCCGAUUCGCAAUUUGCGUUCUCGAGUAAUAUCGUCGACCUUCUGCAACUCGGAUCUCUCAAAUUGUCGCCAUUCAUCACUAUCAAUACUGGCAGCGCUAUCAAAUCUUUCGAUCUGUUCGAUUUUUGGUGGGGUACCGAUAUCAGUGCCCCUAGGUGGUGAUCCUCUAGCCGUGUCGAGCACUCUCUGGGUCAUCGGAUUCGACGUCAAGGGCAACCAACUAGCGACUAGCUUCUCGUUCCAGCCACUUACGAAAGUGAAUGCCCCUUUAACACAUGCUGUGCUUCCGAACACUUUCAGAAAUCUUCAGAACGUCACACUCGCCGUUGAUCAGAGCGAGUUUCCUACUGUGCGCGUUGGCCUUGGACUCGAUGAUGCCACACAUGGCAACCACUACUAAGGGCUUUCUCUUGUGAAGCUUGAAGGAAAGAAGG